AUGGUGUGGUGUGUUGUACAUUUUGUUUUGGACAACAGUGUGGAAGUAGUUCCUGGAUUCUGGUAUGCAAAAGGGAAUUGUGCUUGGCCAAGAUCGUCCAAAACUAAAGACAUAAAAAAAGCAAUAUUCAAUCAAGUACGACCAAAUAAGCUUGAUUUUUCGUUUUUUGAAGCACGUUGUUUGAGCAGUAAUAUCGACAGUUGUUCAAAGGCCCAAAAAAAAUGUGAAAUGGCAAAGGGUAAAUCUGACCUUUCUUCGACAGAAGAAGAUAAAUUAAAAAAGAAAAAAAUUAGAAGACAAAAUAGAGUUUGUUUACAAACUGUCAACAAUAGUAUAUCCAUUAAAUCCACAGAAGGACCUACAUCAAAAUAUAACAAAAAAACUCUUCAUAAAGAUGAUCAAUAUGCGAGGUUAUUGCAUUAUAUGCUAACAAUUAAAUAUGAAAUUAAAUCAAUACAUGAGAAAUUAGAUAUAAUUAUUCAGAGAGACGAAGAAAAUACUUUGACAAAAACUAGAGAAUCUCAACUCUUAUACGAUACUUGUCUUAUAGAUGAUAAAUUGCCUAUUAAAAGCCAGGAAAAUCUACAAGAAUUUGAAAAUGAGUUAUCUAUUGAUAAAAAUUAUCGGCAUCAGUUGGUCAAACGUUUAUCAUCUGUUAGUGGAAAAUCCAUUAAAAUUAUGGUAAAACGAAUAAUGACUCUUAUGUUUACACCUGAAUUGCUAUGCAAAUUUUCAUACAACGGACGCGGAAAUAAAAAAUGCUCGUUUGAAAAAUUACUUGUGAAUAAAAUUAUUUUUGAAUCUGUGAAAACUAUUAAAAAAUUUGCUGCAUCCGAUAAUUCAACCAACGAAAUUGAACAGGUUAUAAAAUAUGUGCUAAUUCAAACGCCAUUUAAAAUUAGAGAUAAGACAGUUCAAUAA